AUGCAAAAACUCAAAUCGCAGAAGGCUUCUACCCUGCUCAAACAAGCCUCGAAUGUGUUACUCCUCAGCAGCACGACAACGAAUGGCAUGAGUAGUGGCAUAAGUCGUCGGAUAGGAACGAUACCAUGUUCGGGAAUGAUGAAGGAGGUGUGUGUCCGAAGAAUUUUUGGAACAAGUUGUUUUAAACAGCAAAAGGGCCAAUAUGGCAACAAGACAUCGCUGAUGGAUCCGAAUUCGGAGAUUUAUAAUUUGUCUUCAUCGUUAUCUGCAUCGAUAAGACUUUUAAAUCAAUUGGCAACACAACAAAGAGCACAAUAUCAUACAACAAAUGGAGUGUUCAAAAAGAAGAAAGAGGAAGAAGACGAAAAAGAAGAAAAGGAAGAAAAGAACAACAAAGAUGACGACGAAGAUGAGACUGGUGAGAAACAAGAAUUAAAAUCGAGAAAAUUACGUCUUUUAGCCAUGGCCGUUAUGACCGCUUACUUGCUCCUGUAUUUAACUCCUGCCGGACCCUCACAAUCUCAAAAGUUAAACAAGGAAAUUACAUUCCAAGAUUUUGUAGAUAGAUAUCUCGGAAAUACAAAUUUGGAUCACUUGGAAUAUGAUUUGAGAACCAAUGAGGUCUAUGUCUAUCUUAAAGACCCAUUCUCAAGUGGAAGUUUUGUUUAUUCGGGAGUGGAUAAAAAGGAGAGCAGAGCUGAAGAUGUGGCACGUACUGAACGAAAAGAGCAUAAGGGAUCUGUUUGGGGCCCAUCUAGCGGAUUUAAUUAUUAUUUCCAAAUGAUUAAUGUCGAUGCAUUUGAGACAAGAUUACAAGAUGGAGAAAUUGAAAAGGGAAUUCCUCCAUCCAUGAGUCCAAAAAUUAUUUAUACUGGAUCUCUCGAUUGGCAUUCUCUCUUGCCAAGUCCUUUCACAUUGUUUUUGGCAGGUAUCUUAUUGUGGUCAUUCACUGCAACUGCUCGAGGAAUGCCUGGUCUUGGUGGAAUUACCAAAACACCAGAAGCAGUCAAGCAAAAGGUGAAAGUCUCAUUCAAUGAUGUGGCAGGAAUGGAAGAAGCCAAAGCUGAAAUUCAAGAAUUCGUCUCAUUCCUUAAAAAACCAGAACAUUACAAGAAAUUGGGUGCCAAAAUUCCAAGAGGUGCCAUCCUUAUGGGACCACCAGGUACUGGUAAAACCCUCUUAGCCAAAGCCGUUGCUGGAGAAACUGAUGUGCCAUUCUUUAGCAUGUCAGGUUCAGACUUUGUCGAAAUGUUCGUCGGUGUAGGUCCUGCCAGGGUCCGUAACUUGUUCAAGAAAGCAAGAGAAACCGGUCAAGCUAUCAUCUUUAUCGACGAAAUUGACGCCAUUGGUAGACCAAGAGGAAAUAGCAUGUACGGCGGUGGCAAUGACGAAAGAGAAAACACUCUCAAUCAAUUGUUGGUGGAAAUGGAUGGUUUUAACGAAAAUCAUAAUGUCAUUGUAUUGGCCUCAACCAACGUGGACGUUGAAGGAUUAGAUCGAGCAUUGUUGCGUCCUGGAAGAUUUGAUCGACAAAUUACCAUUGACAAACCUGAUCAAAAAGGAAGAGAAUCCAUUUUUAAGGUUCACUUGAGAAAUAUCAAGAAAGCUCCUGGCUUGGAAGAUAAUAUUCCACGUUUGGCUGAAUUGACACCUGGAUUCACAGGAGCCGAUAUUGCCAAUGUGUGCAAUGAAGGAGCAAUCUUUGCUGCUCGUGAAGGUAAAAAACAAGUUGAAAUGGAAGACAUGGAACGUGCCAUCGAUCGAGUGAUUGGUGGUAUUGAAAAGAGAACUGCUCCAAUUUCACAAAAAGAAAAGAAAGUUAUUGCCUAUCAUGAGGCUGGUCACGCAUUAGUCUCAUGGUUCUGCAAACAUUCAGAUCCAUUACUGAAGAUUUCCAUCAUUCCAAGAGGAAAAGCACUAGGUUAUGCUCAAUAUGUUCCAAAAGAGCACUACAUUAGAACAAAGGACCAUUUGAUGGAUUAUAUGGCUCAAGCUUUGGGAGGAAGAGUGGCAGAAAUGCUAAUCUUUAAACACUUAUCGACUGGAGCCCAAGACGACUUGCAAAAAAUCACAAGAAUUGCCUAUGCAGCAGUCAGUAGUUUUGGUAUGAGUGAAGCAGUUGGACCUGUGUCGUAUCCACUUCCUGGCGAUCAAUCCAUGGCCUUCCAAAAGCCAUACAGUGAAGAAACUGCUGAGAUUAUUGAUCGAGAAGUGGCAACAAUUAUUGAAGAUGCUCUGAAACGAACACGAGAUAUUCUCACAGAAAAGAAGGAGCUUUUAGAAACUGUUGCUCACUACUUGUUGAAACAUGAAACCAUGAAUAUUGAACAAUUCAGAGAAUUGGUUGGUCCAUCUCCAUUCCCUGACAAGGAAGAGAAAUUCCGUGAAUUUUUAGAAAAGAAGAGAUUGCAAGAAAAGACUGAAAAAAAGAAUAAGGCUGAACCGGAGAACGAACACAAGGAUCACUAA